GAGGCGAGGAGGAGCUGCUGCUCCCUGUUUCGGCUUCAAAUCGAAACUGUAUCGUUAGCUUUUUAUCUCUGAGAGUGAGCUGAAGACAAAUUAAGAUGGUGAAGUCUUCCUGAACCAAACCUCUUAAAAUGGCACUUUUCUGACCCUUUGAAAUCUUCCAAAUCUUCACAAUUUYAACUAGUUUUUAAAACUUUACUAAAGAACCAUUUCCACGAUGACAGUCAGCCUCCACUUGUGUGCGCUCCUGGUGUUCAUGACAGCCUGCAGUCAUUUUGAACCUGCUUCCUGCUUCGUCCAUUGUGAGCAUUCCCCUCAGGUCUUUGAGAGUAAAGUGGGAGAGAUCAGGAGUUCUGCCUACCACAGCUGGUCCUACCGCUUUGGUUCUGCCUAUGAUUGCUGGUUGAUCAAAGGUUCAGAGGAUGAGCCCAUUGUUCUCAGUUUCUCUCAGUUUUCUGUGCGAUGUAAGAAAGAAUGGCUUACCAUAAAAUCAUCAUCCGGCGGUGAGCCGGUUUUCCUUUGUGGCUCCAAGCUGCCGCAGCCGUUGGAGUUUCCAGGGGGAAACAUUACGCUGGUGCAUCAUUUCUUCCCUCACCUGUUUCCUGUUUCAUCGUUUCUGCUGAGCUUCUCCAGAGCCUCUGGCGACUGCCCGGAGACGUCUUUCAGGUGCCUCGGGGGUCGCUGCAUCCCCCACUCCUGGCGCUGUAACGGCCAGGUGGAGUGUCUCGGCGAAGGCCUCGGCUCCGACGAGCUGGGCUGCGAUGAAGAAAUGGACUACGCAGAGACUAAAACCGUGACGUUUCCCGGCAGAGCCCAGGAACGAACCAUGGAGAGGAAUAAGGUCAUUGACAAGAGGUGGAGCACAGACGUCCCUGACCUGUGGAUAUUUGGGGGAGACCAGAAUCAGGUGGCUCCAGAGCAGCCACAGACUCAGAAGGAUCUUGCWGUGACGCCGACUCCCAUUGAGUGGCCUUGCGGAGGUCUCCUUCAGACGUUUUAUGGGACCUUCUCACCUCCACUGUCCCACGGUCAAGGUAUGCUCUGUGUCUGGACUCUGGACCCCGAGGACUCCAGGCCACUGAGGUUGGACUUGGAGCAGCUUGUUUUGGGUCCUGAUGAUAGACUCACCAUCUACACCCGGGAGGAAGGCAAAGGAGACAUCAUCAGAAACAUCACMAACGCCUCCAAUUUCAAGGAGAUCAAAGUGGAGUCCCACACCGGUGUGAUGUCACUGGUGUUUGAGGUACAGCCUCACUCCUUCGGCACCGGGUUUAAAGCGACCUUCCAYGUGGGGAGCUACUGCCCCCCAUGGGAGGGUCGCUGCGGGGGAGCAGCAGGUGGGUGUUUCACUCAGGAGCAGCACUGCGACGGGAAAUGGGACUGUCCCGAGACCGGGAAGGACGAGCAGGGCUGCAGGGGCUGCGGUCCCAACCAGUUUGCGUGCGGGCUGACAGCGCAGAGAUCGGUGGCGGCGAGCCACUACGCCGGUAGGCCCGUGUGCUACCCGGCGACGGAGCGAUGCAACUACCAGCUGUACUGCGCCGACGGCAGCGACGAGAAGGACUGCAGCGUGUGUCAGCCGGGGACCUUUCAUUGUGACAGCGGCAGGUGUGUGUUCGAGAGCUGGCGCUGCGACGGCCAGGUGGACUGCAAGGACGGCACGGACGAGCUGAACUGCACGGCCAUGCUGCCCCGCAAGGUCAUCACCGCGGCGACGGUGGGCAGCCUCAUCUGCGGCCUGCUGCUGGUCAUCGCCAUGGGCUGCACCUGCAAGCUGUACUCACUCCGGACCAGAGAGUACAGCAUGUUCGCYCCGAUUAGCCGACAGGAAGCAGAGCUGAUCCAGCAACAAGCUCCUCCAUCCUACGGUCAGCUGAUCGCCCAGGGCAUCAUCCCCCCUGUGGAGGAUUUCCCCACAGAGAGCCCCAAUGAGACGUCGUCUCUGUCUCUGAGAGGAAUCCUUCAGCUCCUCCGUCAGGACGCCCAGAACUCYCCGCACCGCAGGCGCAGGCCCCGAUUCGUCCGGCGUGCCGUCCGCCGCAUGAGGAGGUGGGGCCUCAUCCCCAGAACUUCCUCCAGGCCCGGCCAGGCUUCCGGCUCCUCCCAGCAGCAGUCCAGCUCGGCGCCGUCAGGUCAGGACGCGGCCCAGUCCUCGCCCGCCCGGUCCUCCUCCUCUUCGUCGCCAGCGUCAGAGGCGGCCAGUCAGCCRGCGCCUCAGAAACUGGGUUURCUGGUUCAGACGGAGCGGCAGCAGGAAGUCCCGCCUCCUCUGCUGCUCCCGCCGCCCGUCUCCUCMGCGCCGCCUCCUCCCUACGCGCCCCCGGCUCCUCCUUCGGACACUCCCCCCACCCCGCCUGUCGCCGUCCCUCCAAGCAGCCCCUCCCUGGCCUCCAUCUUCCAAAAUCUAGGCCUGAGCCUCUCCCUCUUCAGGGCCUCUUCGUCGUCCUCCUCCUCCUCCUCCUCCUCCACCAACUCCAUGCCUCUCUCCGCCUCUCCGUCUUUCUCCUCCUCCUCUUCAGACGACGAGGUGCUGCUCAUCCCACUGUCUGAGGACACCACCUCAGAGGACGAUGUCCCCAUGCUCACCUGAACAACGUCCUCGCUCAGAAUCACAUUUAAUUUUUACUUUAUUUUUUCUUUACUCCCUGACCCUGUAAAAAAAAAAAAAAAACUGACACCAAGUCUCUGUUGGAGCUUGAGCACAGAACAGCAAAGACUUCCUCUCUGUGUGAGUCUGGUGCCUUUUUUUUUUUCAGCUCAGAACCACCUAUUUGGACUGUUUUUGACAAGAAAUCUCCCGUAAAAAAGCCCACAAAACCCCAACAUUAAAUGUGUGUUGAGACAAAUCUUAGGYGAGAGUCGGGACGUGCACUUAAUUACCGCUGGGCUGCGCAGAGACGCAAAACUUUUGCACAGAAGGAUCUUCCCUUUCCAAACACUGAGGCAGGCCACUGUCGCACUGAAAUAAUGGCGUGUUGAAUGACUGCGGCUGAGUGAGUGUGUUUUAAUUUCAAGUCUCAGACAAAGAGCGAUGCGUGUGACGGCGGUCUCACUUGCAUCCAGUCGGAUUUUAGAUUUAAAAAAACAACCCCUCUGAACUAUUUCCCCGUGUUUAAGUGCCUUUUGAAGAGUUUUCCUGUAGGAUCUAUACAAACACACACRCACACUUUCCUUCACAUCGUCAACACUCGAGUGGCUUUAUUCUAAAAAACAAAAAAACAAAAACUGCAUGUGUUCUCCGGCAAGCUGGCAAUAAAUUUUUGAGAUGGUGAAGUUUCCGUGCACAUCGGUAAAUCCUUCCUAAGUGAAUGAAUGUAAUCUACAAAGGUCCAUGUUUUAGAAGACAAUCUCUUUGGUGCCUGGUGUGUGUGUGUGUGUGUGUGUGUGUGUGUGUGUGUGUGUGUGUGUGUGUGUGUGUGUGUGUGUUUGUGUGUGUGUGUGUGUGUGCGCACAGGAUCAGGAAGGGGGACCCCCCAGAUAAAGAGGGACCUAAAUUCACAAAAAAUAACCUCGACCGCAUUCAGUUAAAGGUUUGACACAGGAAACUUGUAAUGUGCCAUUCGUGUUAAUAUCKUACAUUUUAUGGUGUUUUAAUUUCAAACUGCAGAUUUUUUUUAAGUUUAGUUGAUUUUUUGCUUUGUUGAAUGUAUUAGAGUCGACGUGGAGUAGCCAGAAGUUUUAAAAACUUGCAUUGUGAUUAGAUCAAUAAACGAGAAMGUGAUUUUAUGGUUUAAUGAGGUCAACUUCACUGUAUAUAAGUAAAAAUGUGGCUGAGAUUAAACGAUUUGCACUUCUG